CCCAAGGAGGGCAAUCAAUCCAUUGCACGUUUUGCUCCUUUCACCAGUUUAAUUCAGCUGUGAUCUCAGUAGUUAGAAAAAUAGGGAAGGAAUGGGGCCAUAGACUGCUGCAAGUAGAGCUGUGUAAGGGGGUGCGAGGAAGGAAGGCGAGAGCAGCGGAGGGAGUUAAUACUCCUACCUCAGCUGGUCUCCUGCAGCCAACGCUCAGCCCCCGCCCCCUCUCUCCUUUCCGGACCCCCCAGCCGCGAGGCGAGAGAGCCGCGCCGGCGAGGUGCUGGCUGCACUCUGACUGUCACGUUAAUUCCCUGCUGCUUUUCUAGUCCCCAGCCGCCUCGCCCCUCCUCCCUCAUCCCCAGGCUGGGUUUGGAGGCGAUUUCCCUCUAGUGACUGAGCCGACUGCAUCUGGGCAAGCGGCGCUUUGCCUCUCUCGCGUCUUUGUCUGCUCUUCCUGCAAGGCUACGGCGCCUGGAGCAGGGUCUGCAGCGGCCGCCGCAGCAACGCGAGCCAAGUCGUGCCCCGCACGGCAGCCCGGGGCCGCACCCUCGCUCGGUGGCGGCGCCCGAAGACGCCAGCCGCGCCACGCACUGCCUGCGUCCUGCGACCCAGCCGCCGCGCACCAACCCCGCCGCCUUCGCCCGGAGCCAAGCCCGCCGGGCCGGGCCGGCCCGGUCCCAGGUGGGCAGCUCGGCUUGCAGCUGGUUGGAGGUGGCGGCCGCUGCAGCCCUGGCAGCGCGCACACCCCUAAGCAUACGCACCCAACGCCUCCUCCCUGAGCCACAAGGAUGGAGCAGCCACCCCGGCCCGGGACUGGCGCAAGGUGCCCAAGCAAGGACAGAAAUAAUGAAGAGACACAUGUGUUAGCCGCAGCCUUUUGAACCACGCAAGAAGGAAAUCAAUAGUGUGGACAGGGCUGGAACCAUUACCACACUUGUUGGAGUAAAUGAGGAAUGGGCUCGUGAUUAUGCUGACAUUCCAGCAUGAAUCUGGUAGACCUGUGGUUAACCCGUUCCCUCUCCAUGUGUCUCCUCCUACAAAGUUUUGUUCUUAUGAUACUGUGCUUUCAUUCUGCCAGUAUGUGUCCCAAGGGCUGUCUUUGUUCUUCCUCUGGGGGUUUAAAUGUCACCUGUAGCAAUGCAAAUCUCAAGGAAAUACCUAGAGAUCUUCCUCCUGAAACAGUCUUACUGUAUCUGGACUCCAAUCAGAUCACAUCUAUUCCCAAUGAAAUUUUUAAGGACCUCCAUCAACUGAGAGUUCUCAACCUGUCCAAAAAUGGCAUUGAGUUUAUCGAUGAGCAUGCCUUCAAAGGAGUAGCUGAAACCUUGCAGACUCUGGACUUGUCCGACAAUCGGAUUCAAAGUGUGCACAAAAAUGCCUUCAAUAACCUGAAGGCCAGGGCCAGAAUUGCCAACAACCCCUGGCACUGCGACUGUACUCUACAGCAAGUUCUGAGGAGCAUGGCAUCCAAUCAUGAGACAGCCCACAAUGUGAUCUGUAAAACGUCCGUGUUGGAUGAACAUGCUGGCAGACCAUUCCUCAAUGCUGCCAACGAUGCUGACCUUUGUAACCUCCCUAAAAAAACUACCGAUUAUGCCAUGCUGGUCACCAUGUUUGGCUGGUUCACCAUGGUGAUUUCAUAUGUGGUAUAUUAUGUGAGGCAAAAUCAGGAGGAUGCCCGGAGACACCUCGAAUACUUGAAAUCCCUGCCAAGCAGGCAAAAGAAAGCAGAUGAACCUGAUGAUAUUAGCACUGUGGUAUAGUGUCCAAACUGACUGGUAUUGAGAAAGAAAGUAGUUUGCGAUUGCAGUAGAAAUAAGUGGUUUACUUCUCCCAUCCAUCGUAAAACUUUGUAUUUCAGUUUCUUUUGAAUUAUGCCACUGCUGAACUUUUAACAAACACUACAACAUAACAAAUAAUUUUAGUUUAGGUGAUCCACCCCUUAAUUGUACCCCCGGUGGUAUAUUUCUGAGUAAGCUACUAUCUGAACAUUAGUUAGAUCCAUCUCACUAUUUAAUAAUGAAAUUUAUUUUUUUAAUUUAAAACCAAAUAAAAGCUUAACUUUGAACCAUGGAAAA